AAAGGCGCAGGGUCUCGCCGGGUACGCGCCACUUUUCAAUUUUCGAGUGUUCAUAGUGUGACGUGUGAAAUGAAAAUGACGCGAUUCGAAAGAUGCAAUGUUUGUUAAUAGUAACAGUGACUUAUUUACAACUGACUGAUUACGCGACGCAUUCUCUAUGCGACAAAAAAGAGUUUUCGAAAAGUGCUAUCGUAAAAGAAAAGAGAUAAGAUCUUUAAAACAAAGUGAAAUUGGUUCGGUUUUUUUAGUUUGAUUUUAGUUUAAUUUUCGUUUAGUUCUGUGAUUUCGUUUUCGCGCGCGUACGUCCUAGAAAACAAUCGCACUCAUGUGAUCCGUGAUAAGGGUGUUAUGCACCUUAGCAGGAUUCCUUAUUUGUUGUUAUUAUUGUGCAUUAAACCGGGUGCUAUAUUAAUUAAUAAAUAGUGAAUAAUAGUUUUGUAUUGAAUUAGUGUAGAUAAGGGACAAGUGUAUAUAUAUUUAUAUAUACACAUAUCUUUUUUUAUAUAUAUAUAUAAAUAUAUAUAUACAUAGUGUGUUGCUAUAUCAGAAUUUAAAGUGGCACAGCACGCUGAGUAUCCUCCCGCCGGGAGAUAUCCUCCCAUGGCUCAACCGAGGUACGACGACGGCCUGCACUCGCACAGCGGCAGCGGGGGCUACAUGGACGGCGUCCCCGCCUCGGCCUCAAUGUACGACCCUCACCGUGUGAGCGGCGGCCCGCUGUCCGGCACGUCGCAUCAUUCGCCGCACAUGGGCCACGGCGGCGGCGGCCUUCCGCCCGGCAUGCACGCGCCGCCGGGAGCGGCAGCCUACCAUCCCGCCAACCACGCAGGACCCGGCGGCGUUGUCGCCAACCACAUCAUGGGCGCUGGCGUGCCCGACGUACACAAACGAGAUAAAGACGCUAUAUAUGGUCAUCCCCUGUUCCCGCUUUUGGCUCUGAUAUUCGAAAAAUGUGAAUUAGCAACCUGCACGCCGCGCGACCCCGGAGUGGCCGGCGGCGAUGUUUGUUCGUCAGAAUCAUUUAAUGAAGAUAUCGCAGUAUUUUCUAAACAGAUCCGCCAAGAAAAACCCUACUACAUAGCCGACCCAGAAGUAGACUCAUUGGUAAGUGGAACUUCUUUUUGUCUCCAAGUGUUACUUUUCCCGAUUAUUUUGUAA